CUUAACACAUGGGAUACAGUUCACCCCUUCUGUGCCCUCCCAGAAUUUUUCUUCUGGUGCCACGUCUGCCCCAGUCGAAACCAAGGUACUAUCCAUGUUUAAAAGAUAUUUGAGAAAAGCAUGCUGGUGAGGGGAUCAUGCCACAGCAAAGGAACUGAAGUACAUAACAAGGCUGAAGAUGUAUUUUCAUUACUUCAUCUGGCUUUGGAUUCCCCUUUCCGUUUGUGACUCUGAAACUAAUCCAUGCCAGAAAAUCUGCUUUUGCAAAGAAGGGGCUAUGUUUGUGAACUGUUCAGGAGUCAGUGUAAGCUCCAAUCUCAUUUUCCCCCCUGAGACAGAACACUUGGAUCUCUCAAACAAUAACUUGCAUUCUGUUCCAAGCAAAGGUCUAAGAUCCCUGUGGAAGUUACAGGUUCUCCUUCUAAGGAGCAACUACAUCAGUAGAGUUGAAGAGAGAACAUUCAUCUCUCAGGAGAGACUCCAUAAGCUUGAUAUUGGUAGAAAUGAGAUCUCAUUUCUUGGAAACAGUUUUUCAUUUGGUCUCAUUUCUCUCCAUGAACUCGUUUUGGCCUACAACAGGCUGCAGGAGCUACGGUACAAGAACUUCCAGCACUUUGAAAGUCUUCAGAAGCUCAAUUUGCAAAAUAAUAUCUCCUCAAUAGAAAUGGGUGCUUUUCGCAGUCUCACCUGUUUGAGGCAACUUUAUCUUCAGAACAAUAAUCUUCAUAACCUCAACAAUGGAGAUUUUUCUAUGCUGCAGCACUUAGAGGUUUUGAACUUGGAGGGCAACAAGAUCAAAACUAUUGCUCCUCUAGUCUUUACUUCUUUAAGCAGCCUCACCAUACUUAACUUGGUGCACAAUGAAAUUGAACAUAUUAGAUUCAAAACGUUGUUAUCUCUCCAUACACCUGGAACUCAAAUCUUGCUCUCAGACAAUCCAUGGUUCUGUGAUUGUGACCUUCAGAGGGUCUUUGCAAAAUUGUGCAGUGUCAGGAGGCUGAUCUUGGAUGACUACCAUAACGUGACAUGCAUGGAACCUCAUAUCCUCAGAAGCCUUCCUCUGUCAUCUGUGGACACCCAGCUGUGCAUUGCUGAGACGGUGACAGUUCUUGUCAUCACUUUUACAGUCUCUGUUACUGUGGUAGCUGCCAUUGUCAUGGCUGAAAGGAACAGAAAGAAAAGGACAGGCAAGCAUUGGAGUGAGGACAGUGAAGUUUCCUAUGAUGUUCAUAACUGAACUGAUACAGCUUGAAAGCCCUGUUUUAUCUACUUGGUGAUUAUGCUUAGUAAUUCCAUUCAGAUUUUGCAUUCUCUUUCUUUUAAAAAUAGUUUUUUUUAAUUUCCAAAACAUAAUUCACCAUUACAGGAUGGAACAGAAAACUUAAAAAAUAGCAAACAUAAGACAGAGAAUUGUAACAGUUCAAGGCUGUAUUAAAUCAGUUUUAGUCACUGCAGGGAGCUAUACAAAAAUGAAAGUUCAUUAAUUACAUUUUGUACUUUCAUUCUCCAUGUUCCUCUCAAUAACAGAAGGUGCUCCUAGAAAAACUCAGUUUAACUAGAUAUUAAAUCUGUUGGUAUCUACAAGACUAACAUAUGCCAAGCACUGGAAGACUUGUACAUACCCAUCAAAAUCUGAAAGUGCCUUUAAGGUAUGAGAUUUAAUAUAUAUUACCUCUUGCAUUUAGGGAUGGAGGAGAAUUUUGUUUGGACUGCAUUUUUAAGCAAACUGACCUAAUUCACACCUCUUGUACCUAAUAUUCAGAUAGGAAUACAGUCCAUAUUUACACUUCUGAAUUUUGCAAUACAGUUCUUGAUAUUAAAA